AUACUCACCAUUUGAGCUGAUGUUUGGAAGAAAGCCAAAACUACCAAUAGACGCCCUCUUCCAGUUAGAACAAGAAGACAGUAUGAGUACAAAUUAUGUAAAAGAUCUUCAGAAUAAAUUAGAAACAUCAAGAGAAAUUGCCAACAGAUCUUUAGAAAAGGCCAGAAACAAGCAAAAACAUCAGUUUGACAAGAAGGCAAAAGCUGUACAAAUAAAUAUAGGAGAUACAGUCUUAGUGAAAAUCCUUGCGUUUGAUGGUAAGCACAAGAUUGCAGAUCGCUUUGAGGAGGAAGUAUAUCAGGUGGUGGAACAACCAAGUAAAGAGAUACCGGUUUUUAUUGUAAAAGCACCAGACGGGAAAGUCAGAAGACUACAUAGAAACCACUUAUUACCUGUAAAGAUGGAUAGAGAGAUACCAGAUAUAAGACCAGAUCCAAACUUACAGAAUAAAACAUCGGAAGAUACAGAAGGUAUUGCUAGACGCAAAGAGAUAGCUAGUAAAUCUGAAUCUGCUAAAGAUACAGAACAGAAACACAAAGAGACAGAUAGUGAAUCUGAUGUAGAAGUUGUAUACACAAGUUCUAGAAAGAGACUGACCGGUCAGCCCAGAAGUAAACAUAUAGAGAAAGAAAUAGACGGAGCAUCAGGUAGGCAAGAAGACAAAACAGAAGAAAAAACUGAUACAGGUAUGUAUACUUUAAAAAAGUUUCAGAGAAGGGAUAAGAAGGUUGAAGUACUUUCUGUAGAUACAGAAGUAGACGAACCUUCAGAAGAUGAUGUUGCUUUAGUAGAAGAGUCUUCAGAAGAAGAAUUAGAAGAAGUGGAGGAAGGAAAAAGACCAAGAGAAUAUCUGGUACAUGAGACUGAUGAAGAAGAUAGGCCACCGCCUAGACCACCUCCUAAAAGAAAACCAAACAAGGAACAGGUUAAAAGAUCACCAAGAAGAUCUUCAAGACCUAAGAAAGAACCCAUUUGGUAUAAGGACUAUCAGGUUGGACAGAAAAAGCUGCAGAGAGACAGCUGUCAAUUACAACAACUUUUAGACUUGCAUACACAGCAGGCAAAAGUAACUGCAGAACUUUUAAGCAAAUUGAAUAUGUGAUAUUAUGUUUUUAAAAUAAAUGACACUUGAUAUUUUGUUUAUAUGUAUAAACAUUGUUUAAAAUGAUCAAUAGAGAUGUCUGCUAUGAGACUCUACUUAGUUCACAUGGACAUAUUGUGAUUUGAAAUAAGGUAACUUGAUAUGUUACAAUGUAACUGAUAUUAUAUCAACUCUAUUUCAUAUGAACAUACUGUUCUACCAUUUUGUAUCAGUUGAUGUAUAUUUCAUUGGUAUAAUAUGAAAUUGUUUAUUGCUUUACAAAAGUAAUAAAUAUAUAUAGUGCUCAUUUAUUGUGAUGUGACAGAUAUUACAAUAAAGAAUCAGAUAUUCAAACGAUAAAUAUAUUUGUGUUUCUUAUAGCAUAACUUAGAGUGAACAGAUGAUUU